CGCUAGCAGUCAUGCUGCAGCUCAAUGACUCCGAUAUCAGCCCGGCAGCCACUCUGUCUCCUGAGGGCGCUGAGGUGCAGCUGAGCCCGGAUAGGGGCGCUUCCGGCACCGCGUCGUCCAAUUACUCCGUGCAGUCUGUGCGCUCCCUCACUGUGCACAACCCCACACAACAGGCCAGAAUCAAAGAGUACUUCGUAUUCCGGCCUGGGAAUCUUGAACAAGCAGUAAAUGAUAUACGCAUGGUUGUGUUGCCAACAGAGGAUGGAGAGAUCCAGAGUGUCUGGCUGCUUACAGAGGUAGACCACUGGAACAAUGAAAAGGAACGCCUGGUUCUUAUUACUGAGCGAACACUUUUAAUUUGUAAAUAUGACUUCAUCUGUCUGGAGUGCCAGCAAGUGAUCCGAGUGGCUCUUAAUGCUGUUGACACGAUUUCCAUAGGAGAAUUUGAGUUUCCUCCAAUGUCUCUAAACAGGCGUGAAGGAAUAGGAAUUCGUAUUUUGUGGAGUACGCGACGCUUCUCUUUCAUAAACAAGUGGAAUCCUUGGACCACCAAUAUGCCCUAUGCUACCUUUAUAGAACAUCCAAUGGCACAUGCAGAUGACAAGGUCAUGCCACUAUGCAAGCUGGAAGACUUUAAGACCCAGUUGAUCCAAGCUGUGAAGAAAGCGCACAAGCAAAAUCCAGUUCAAGGGAAACCGAAUGGGGUGCUGGUGCUGGAACGCCCUCUUAUGAUUGAAACUUACUUGGGGCUAAUGUCUUUGAUAAACAAUGAGGCCAAACUAGGAUAUGCCAUGUCAAGAGGCAAAAUUGGAUUUUGAACUGCGACCAGUGCACAUUAACCUGAAAGGUUUAUUCUCUGCAUGUAAUGUUCAUUAUGUACAAGCCAAGAGAACAUUGUUUCUGCCUGAACUGUAACUUCUGUAAAGGCUUCUUGUGUUUGUACAGGCAGUAGGGCUGUUCCGUUACAUGGGAGGCCCUUUUGGUUAUAUAAACCUGCUGCCUAUAUAUAAGCAGAGUAUAUGGCGUCCAUUUUUGGAAAGAGGGUCUGUCUGAGCAAAGGCACACUGUCAGGCAACAUUCCCAUAAUCUGCUCUUUAAUGCAGCAUUACUUUGCCAUAAACAAUUCUACUGAGAAUUUUUCUGGUGGUGGCAUCCUUGGGACCUAAAAGAAACUUGUUAUUUCUUAGUCUCCUUGCAAAUUCUAAGAAAGCUGAAUUUAACCCCACGCUUGAGGUCAGAAUUGUUUCAGCUGAUUUGUGUAAUGCACCUUAUUGCCAAACCUAAUGUUUUUGUUGUGUGUAUGUAACAGUCGUAUACGGUAAUGAUUUGAGUAUCUCAUAUCUGCCAAAGCACAGUGACUAAUUGCAUAACACUGCUUGUGAAUAAAUAUUAUUUAAUGUU